UUGCUGAAUUACUCGGUAUAGCAGCUAAUAAAAUUGUAUGUCGAAUAAAAAGGGUAGGAGGAGCUUUUGGUGGAAAAGAAUCAAAAAGUCUUAUGUUAUCAAUGGCAUUAGCAGUCGGUGCUUGGCAUCUUAGAAAACCUAUUAGGUGUAUGUUAAGUCGUGAAGAAGAUAUUAUGAUUACAGGACAAAGACAUCCAUUCUCAGCGAAAUGGAAAGCUGGUUUAACUAAAGAUGGAAAAAUUACGGCGAUGGAUUCGCAAUAUUAUGCUAAUGGUGGAUGGUCAAUGGAUGUAUCCAUAAUUGUAGUUCAAGCUUGUUUACAAUGCUCUGAUUGUUGUUAUUAUAUUCCCAACGUACAAUUUAUGGGACGUGUUUGCAAGACCAAUAUUCAUUCACAUACAGCAUUUAGAGGAUUUGGACGUCCUCAAGGAACAGCUAUUACUGAAAGUAUGCUGUCUGAAGUUGCUGAUCGUAUGGGAAUUGAUGUUAAUGAAUUGAGGGAGAAGAAUUUCUACGUGGAAGGCCAAUUAACUCCCUGUAAUCAAACGUUCAAAGAUUGGUAUUUACCUUUGGUCUAUCAACAAGUCAAAGAAAUUAGUGAAUUUGAAAAAAGAAGAAAAGAAGUUGAUGAAUUUAAUUCUAAGAAUAAAUGGCGUAAAAGGGGUUUGUCACUCAUACCAAUCAAGUUUGGAGUCGCUUUUCCUGUACCGUUUUUGAAUCAAGCUGGUGCUUUAGUACAUAUUUACCUCGACGGGAGCGUUCUUAUAAGUCAUAGUGGGGUUGAGUUGGGACAAGGGCUUAAUACAAAAAUGUUACAGAUUGCUAGUGAGACAUUGGAUGUUCCUAUGGAUACAGGCAAAAAAUUUUUAUGA